AGCACUACCAGCACCACUGGUUCCCCCUGGAGUCCUCCAGGGGCUCCGGGUACCGCUGUAUUAGGAUCAACCAUAAGAUCGACCCGUUGGUAGGAAAGGCAGCGGAGAAGGUUGGACUAAGCUACGAGAGACUCUUCCAGCUCUUACCCAGCGAAUUAACCCUUUGGGUCGACCCUUUCGAAGUGUCCUAUCGCAUAGGUGAAGAUGGGUCUAUCUGUGUCCUUUAUGAAAGUCCCCAGGCAACCAAACCGCUGGAGAACCGGACCGGCUUUAAGAAGUGGAAGAUUGGCAGGUCCAGCCCUUCCAAGAAUUACAACACCCCACUUUCUAGUUAA